AUGACAAAAUAUAUUGAUUUGUCCCUAAAUCUAACGAAUCUGUUUAAAGGGACAUCUCUUGAUGAAGCAUCGCUCCAUGAGCUUUCGAAGAGAGUUGUAUCGAAUGACUAUAGCGAAGAUAAAGUGCAGCAGGUUUAUGACAAAUAUUUGGAGUCAUUGAAUGAGCAACAGAAAAAGGAAUUCAAGGAGCUCUUCUAUGAUCAGCAAAAAUGGGACUACUAUUCGAAGAAGAUCCAUCGUGUGCUCGGAUUCUAUCUCACCAAGCAUCAAAUAUCCAGGUUGGUGGAUGACCUAAAUGUAAAGUUGGGUGCGUCUAGGGCGCACAUCAUCAAAGGAAUGGUGGAUGAAUUGACGAAGGAUAUAGGAUUGAAAAAGGCGGUGAAGGCGAUUGAAGCGACGAGUAAGGAUCUCAAGAUAUUUGAGAAAAUGAAUCCUGGAUUGGUUGACAAAUAUGAACAAAUGUUUACAGUUUUAAUUAAGCAUGACGAGUUGUAA